AGGCCGCUAGCCUUUCUACCUCGGGAGCACGAGCUCAGUAGUAAUCGACGCUACGCUUAUUUUACACGAAGCGUGAGCCCCUACGUUAGCGCUUUCACACCAGCAUUCCAUAUCCCGAGCGUUGGUGGCCGCGCACGCGACGCCAGCACCUCCACCCAGCAGUGCACAAGUCCAGAAACGCGCCGCGCGCGACACCAGGCAGUGCCGCAGCCCAGGAACCAUGUCCCUGAAACGCGUCCUCGUCGGCGUGAAGCGCGUCGUCGACUACGCGGUGCGCGUCCGCGUCGCGGGCGACGGCUCCGGCGUCGAGCUGGCAAAUGUCAAAAUGAGCAUGAACCCCUUUUGUGAAAUUGCCUGCGAGGAGGCGAUCCGCCUGAAGGAGAAGGGUGCGACGCGGCGUCCUGAUCCUACGCGCGUCGUCUCCAUCUUCCGAUGACGUGGGUGGUCUCUUUGUCGAUUUUGAGCCGAUUAUCACCACACAGGUCUCUGCGAGGAGGCCGUCGCCGUCAGCAUCGGCCCGAAGCAGGCCCAGGAGACGCUGCGAUCGGCGUUGGCCAUGGGCUGCGACCGAGCGAUCCACAUCACGACGGAUGCCCGAUUGGAUCAAGGUGGGUUGGAUCCGCUCGCAGUAGCUCAAUUAUUACAAAAAAUAGUGGAGAAGGAGGAGCCCGACCUCGUGUUAGUAGGCAAGCAGUCCAUCGACGGCGACCACGGCACUACUGCACCCAUGCUCGCGGAGCUACUCGGCUGGUCGCAGGCCACCUUCGCGGCGUCCCUGAACGUCGACGGCGGUACCGCAGAAGUGGAAAGAGAAACAGAUGCAGGUACGGAGGUCAUCAAGAUCCAGUUACCUGCUGUCGUCUCCGCAGACUUAAGGUUAAAUGCCCCGCGGUACCCGAAACUCCCGAACAUCAUGAAGGCGAAGAAGAAGCCGUUGGAGGCCAUCGACGCGGCUUCCCUAGGUGUCGAUUUGACUCCGUCGAUUGUGGUCGAGGGGGUCGCGCCGCCGGCCGCGCGCAAAGCUGGAGUGACAGUUGAGAGCGUCGACGAUUUGGUGGACAAGCUGAAGAACGAGGCGGCGGUGCUCUAAGUAUGUACUAUCU